GCUCUCUCGCCCCGGAGCUCACGUGAAGCAGCCAGAGAGCGAACGAGGGGGGGGGGGCAAAACAAGGAUUAAGGGACACACAGGCGCGCGCACAGCCGCGAGCGCGCCCCCGCGCGCACAGCCAACUUUGAACCGGGCGAUCGCGGCGGGCUGCGGCUCUCUCUCCCCGCCUGCCUCGCCUCGGCCGCCGCGGAACGUCGCUCAAGUUUCGGAUGGCUUCGAGGCGCGCGUCCCCCGAGCUGGCGGAGCAGCCCGGGCGCUGGGGGCUCGGCGGAGGCGCCGUCUAGAGCCCCAUUGUGCGCGAGUGCGGGGCGUGCAUGCUUGCGGGCGGGUGUGCCAAGGCAGACCGCGAGCGGGAGGACUCCAGAGCGGGCGCCCUCCGGCAGUCUCCCCCCAGCCUCGGCCCUUCUGCUGCCGCGACCGGGUCCCCCCGAAGCCGCCCAGAUGUUAGUGCACAGCUUCUCGGCGAUGGACCGCCACGAUGGCACCAGCAACGGAACCGCCCGGCUGCCCCAGCUGGGGACGGUGGGCCAGUCGCCCUACGCCAGCGCCCCUCCGCUCUCGCACACCCCCAACGCCGACUUCCAGCCUCCCUACUUUCCGCCUCCGUACCAGCCCAUUUACCCCCAGUCCCAAGACCCCUAUUCCCACGUUAACGACCCCUAUAGCUUGAACCCCCUCCACGCCCAGCCCCAGCCCCAGCACCCAGGCUGGCCGGGACAGAGACAGAACCAGGAGACGGGCCUUUUACAUACACACCGGGGACUCCCCCACCAGCUCUCCGGCUUGGACCCCCGAAGGGAUUACCGGCGGCAUGAAGACCUUUUGCACGGACCUCACGGCUUGACCUCAGGACUAGGAGACCUUCCCAUCCACUCGAUACCUCACUCCAUAGAAGACGUCCCGCACGUAGAAGACCCGGGUCUUAACAUCCCAGAUCAAACUGUAAUUAAGAAAGGCCCCGUGUCCCUCUCCAAGUCCAACGCCAACGCCGUCUCCUCCAUCCCCAUCAACAAGGACACGCUCUUCGGCGGCGUGGUGAACCCCAACGAGGUCUUCUGCUCGGUGCCCGGCCGCCUCUCGCUGCUCAGCUCCACCUCCAAGUACAAGGUCACGGUGGCCGAAGUGCAGAGGCGCCUCUCGCCGCCCGAGUGCCUCAACGCGUCUCUGCUGGGCGGAGUGCUGCGGAGGGCAAAGUCAAAAAAUGGAGGGAGAUCUUUGAGAGAAAAACUGGACAAAAUAGGAUUAAAUUUGCCAGCCGGGAGACGUAAAGCUGCCAAUGUUACCCUGCUGACAUCACUAGUGGAGGGAGAAGCAGUUCAUCUAGCCAGGGACUUUGGUUACGUCUGUGAGACAGAAUUUCCUGCCAAAGCAGUAGCUGAAUUUCUCAACCGACAACAUUCCGAUCCAAACGAGCAAGUCACAAGAAAAAACAUGCUUCUAGCUACGAAACAGAUCUGCAAGGAGUUCACCGACCUGCUGGCUCAGGACCGCUCCCCGCUGGGGAACUCCCGGCCCACCCCCAUCCUGGAGCCGGGCAUCCAGAGCUGCCUGACCCACUUCAACCUCAUCUCGCACGGCUUCGGCAGCCCGGCGGUGUGCGCCGCCGUCACGGCCCUGCAGAACUAUCUAACGGAGGCGCUCAAGGCCAUGGACAAAAUGUACCUCAGCAGCAACCCCAACAGCCACACAGACAACGGCGCCAAGGGCGGCGACAAGGAGGAGAAGCACCGCAAGUGAGCGGGGCCACCACGCAGCAGGCCCGCAGAGCUCCUCGCCGCCGGCCCCGCCCUGGCCCCGCCGGCUCUCCUCCAGCACUUCCCAGUCCACACCCAGUUGCUACCCAGCCUGCAACCUCGGAAAACGAACAAGGCGUUGGACCAGCCCAGGAGGGUGUUUAACUGGUGGGAACUUUUUCAUUUUUAAAAAACGAAUAAACCACGAAGUUUUUUUUUUAAUUUUUAAAAACAACUUUCAAGGAACUUUUCUUUCCUAAAAGAGAGAACUAAAAUAGAGUGAAAGAAAUGCGGAGAAAAUAAAUUAAGACCUUCAUCGGACUGGAAUCACCACCUCCCUUUAUAGGAACUUCCGUUUAAGAUUGUAGCCAUAUUUUAAAAAAAAGCAAAAGAGGCAAAAAAAAAAAAGAUGAUGAUGAUGAGGAUGACAUUUUAUCAGUAUUGUGAAUAAACUUGAACACAAACCACGCCCAGUUCCAUGUCAUAUCUUCAGUUGUAGAAUCUUUCUCCUGUCCAAGGUAAAGAGAACCCCUUUGAACUUUUUGAUGGUGACACCGAUUCACGGUUCUUCUCUAAGGGAAUCAGUGUUCAUGUAUGUAUAUAUUUAUUUAUGUGUAAUUUAAUGGGAAUUGUAAAUACGGUGAGUCUGUUGGAAGCUUUUUUUAUUUAUCUGGUGAUCUCGUUUACCUCUUGUUUAGUGGGUUUUUAAAACAAAAAUCUCCCCCUUCUUAGUUCCAUCACUGUGGAUUCAUCAUGACUUAUUUAGAAAUCGGAGGGAGGUUGUUUUGGAGGGAGGGGGUGGUAUUUUUCUGGGACUCAUCACUUCAGCCCUGUCGUAGCAUGUUCUUUUUUCAAAAAAAGCAAAGCAGACAAUAAAGCAGCAACCCCCCCCCCAAUAAACCAACCUAGAUUUUAAACACAUAUUAUUAGUAUGACCUUUAGUUUCUUACUGAUAAAUAAACAAAACAAAAUGAUGCCUGAAAGAGUCUUGAAGAAGUGGUAGUAGUUCCUAACAAACUCUUAGGUGUUGUGGCUAAAACCUUGCAAAGAAACAAAAAGUUUAUAUCCAGUGUCCUCCUACUGAAAGCCUACUGAUCAGAGCAAUACAUUGAUAUUGUCUACCAAGAAAAAAGAUUAGGGACACCUCCUCCCCCACCUCCACUUUUCAUUUAGAGUUGUCUUUUGGUUCAAAGAACUUCCACACAUCUGGGACCACCUGGUAUCCUCUAUUUCCACCAGCCAUAUUGGAAGCCGUUCUCGUUGUAUUGUAUUGAGUUGUGCUGGCAGUAGUUUCCAUGCCUGUCAAUGUAUCAUAGUCUUUUGUUUCCCAGAUAAAUAAAUAUUUGAUACGCUUUAUGUCGAUUUUUUUUUUAUUCAGUGGCUGUCUUUACCCAGGCGUAUUUUUGUUCUUGGCAGUAUUUUUUAUUCAGUAUGGUUACAGUAAUUGAGUUUAACUCUCCCUUGACAAUUGCUCCUUGCAAUAAGCAGCUGAACCCACUGUUUCCCUCAAGUAUAAUAAAAACUUACUUUCAAGUUGGAGUUCAGAGCAGGGUAUCAUUUAGAUAUUCCACUGAGUCUGUAUUCAGACAAAUUACACAAUAAAACACAAUGUACUCUUUUGGAUAAAAAAAAUGUACUGUUAAAGAAAUGGCAUACUUUUCUUUAACUGAGAGGUCAUUUUAUUUUUUACAGAAAUAAAAAAGUUUUAUUUUGUUUAUUUGAUCUUUUAGGUUUUUAUUCCUGCUUUAUAAUUAUGUAUCAGUACUGCAGAUCUGCUUAAAGUGUCAUAAUAUUCAUGUGCAUUGCUUUUAAAAUCUGGAUUAGCCAACAACAGGAAAGGGGGAGGGGAUUAGUUACCUAGAUGAUGCCAUGUACUAUACAGAAAUGCUUACACACAAUACACAACUUCAAAAUAAACUACCUUUGUAUUUGUGUGUGAAA